CGGAUGAGGAGCUGAUCGAUUAUUAUCUGAGGCUCAAAAUAAACAGACGUGAAAAAGAAGUUCAAGUUAUUCGUGAAAUUGAUGUUUGUAAACGAGAGCCUUGGGACUUGCCUGAUUUAUCUGUGAUAGAGUCGGCGGACAAUGAAUGGUUCUUCUUCUGCCCGAAGGAUCGUAAGUAUCAGAACGGUCAGAGGUUGAACCGGGCUACGGAAAAAGGUUACUGGAAAGCAACAGGCAAAGAUAGGACCAUUAAGUCUAAGAAGGGAGUAAAGAUUGGGAUGAAAAAGACUCUGGUUUUCUACAGAGGUCGUGCUCCGGAUGGCAAAAGGAGUAAUUGGGUGAUACAUGAGUAUCGUGCUACAGAUAAGUCACUUGAUGGCACUCAUCCUGGUCAGGGUUCCUUUGUGCUCUGCCGCCUUUUUAAAAAGGCUGAUAUCAAACAAGAAGAGAACACUGAAAAUUCCAACGUUAAUGGAGAAGUUGAAGAGAUUAUAUCUUCUCCUACUCCUACGAUAGCCAAACCUCCUGCUGAAGAUGAACAAUCGGAAUCAAUUACUCCAGCAGUGAGUGGCCUAGUUGAAAUGCAACCUUCAAGUGCUGAAAACAGUUCGACCUUAAAUUCUGAGAAUGAAACAAGUGAGACUCAUAUACCUCCCGACUGGUUUGACACUGUCUUCAAUGCUGAUAGUCACAUGUUAGACUCAUCAUUUCCGCCAGACUCAGAGCUGGAGAAAGCACCAGGAAGUUCUUACCCUCCGAUGCCAGAGUCAUUGGAUUCAAAAAUCUUCUCCCCUUUGCAUUCACAGAUGAAAACUGACUUUGGAAUUCCUUACGUGGAUAAAACCUUCAUCAGUAACAUCAAUUGCGAUGAUAGAGCUAACCCAUUUCAAUAUGGAACAAAUGCUGCUGAUAUUAACGAGUUCUUGAACUCGAUUCUUGUCGAUCCAGACGAGCAUCCCUAUGAGGAUUCAGGCAUAUAUGCAAUGUCAUCCCUUGAAAGUCCGUUGUACUUUAACUCAUCGGAAUUAGUUAAGGAUAUUAAUUCAUAUAGUGAAUCAGAGGGGAUCUCCCAGCAGUAUCUUCUCCAAAGUGACUCAGGUAUGGAAACUAUAGAGCACGAGCAUCCGUCACAGCAGGACAUCACUUUCAAAAUGACCGGUGCUGGGCAAAAUGAUUAUGGUUUUUCUUCUGGCAAUCAAAUACCUAAAAUAUUUAACACAGUGGAAUCUGGUGGUUCGAGCAAUCCAGUGAUCACUGACAAAACUGUUGGAACUGGAAUCAAGUUGAGGACUCGGCAAAAUUUGAGUCAAGCAAGUGCUAUAAACUCUACAUCGCAGGGAAGUGCCCCUAGAAGAAUUCGCUUGCAGAAGAAAAUGCAAGUUGGACCAGUUCAAUGUCAUCUACCUCAGAAUUUAAAGGAUAAUUAUAUAAGCCCUAAAAAGGAAUCGGCAGAGAUAGAGGAUGUCCAAGCGACUGAUAUUAAUACCUUGGAUGAGUUGAAGGAUAUAGAUUCUAACAAAACAAAUAUAGAAGAUGGAGAAUCUCUCGACUGGAGCACAAAUGUGACAAGUCAACCUGAUUUACCAGGUAACAGCUCUGAAGAUAUUAUUUCUGUCAGUUCGAAAUGCGCGGCUGCAAGCUCAGUUUCAUCGUCUGUCUACAUGCCAAUGGUAAUUGUGGCCGUGAGUCUUAUCAUCGUCCUUGUUGGCGUUUGGGGAUACUUCAGAUUUUGAAUAAACUUAAGAAA